AUGAAGCCAUUCGGAGAAAUUGCUCAAGGAAGAUAAUAGAGCUUUUUGUAAAAAAACAUCGAGAAUUACACGAAUUAGAGUAGUAAUAAUUAGUCAGUUACAAAUCAUAAAACUAAUAACAGCAUUAAUACCCAAAUAAGAAGAAUAUUGAAGAUAAGUUUGCCGAAAAUUGACUAAAUUAAGCAUAAUAGCAAUAGCCAUUAGAAUACCAUUCACUAAAGGAAUCAUAGUUUGCAUUGUGAAUUAGACAUUUCAUAAAAAAGCAAUUUGCUUAUGCAAAAUUAGUAGAUGAAUCAUAGCAGAACUUUGUCAUAAAAUCUAAUAAGCAAUAUCUCUAACGAAAAGCUUUAGAAACACCAGACCUCUAUUGUAUGUAAACCUCCUAAGUAUAAGCAUAUUGAAAAGGGAGAAAAGAUAUUUCCUUUGAAUUAGAAACUAAAUUAACCAAGCAGAAUCGAUAAUAACUCUGAGAAGUAAAGACUUAGAAAUAGUGCUUUGAAAUAGCAAUACACUACGAAACCUUUAAAUUAAAGUAUCUUUCAGAUUUUAAACGGAAGUAAUAAUUCUAAAUGA